AGAAAUUCCACUCCAGAAUGUUUCAUUUACAUUUUGAGUGACAGAACUGCAUUUAGAUCUUUUCUCCCGCAAAGUGUUUAAUCUCAGUCUGGUGUACAACAUCCUUUAAGAGAAUAUGACAAUAGCUGCUUAGUUCAGUAGACUGAAACAGGAAGGAGGCUUACCCCUGGCCUUACAGAGUGUUAUUUGGUUGAAAAUCACUUAAACAUGGCACUGACAAUAUUUGCUCCUUUUCUUGAUUUACUGAUGUUUUCUCAGAACUACACUUCCAAACAGCCCCAGCUGGCUGAAUCUAAGGCCUGUGUAAAUUGAUAAGAUGCAUCUGGCUUCAAGACACAGACUGAGUACAGGCGCAGACUCUUCCGUGUUGCCGGAGAAUCUGAUUGGGGUAGGAGCUGAGUUUCAGAACCACUUGCUGUAUAUAUCGGUGCCAAAUUAACCCCCAGCAGGGAGAGACAGGGAGGGAGCAGACUGCUGGGUUCUUCCUGAUGGUGAAAUUCAUGGGGGACACAAACUGGAGAUUUUCUUCCUCUCUUCUGUCCUGAGUGUUUUCCCAAACAUGAAGGCUUUCUCCCCUCGGGAUGUCCUCAUGGGCGCUGAAGUUAGAGGAGACAGUGGAGAAAGGAAUUUAAAGGCAAUAAGUUUACUCAUCUUGGUGGGAUUUAUAGGAGAGUUCCAAGUCUUUUCAAGUGCCUCCUCUCCAGUCAAUUGCCAGUGGGCUUCCUAUGGCCCUUGGUCAGAAUGCAGUGGUUGUACCAAGACUCAGACUCGCAGGCGGUCCAUUGCUGUUUAUGGGCAGUAUGGGGGCCAUCCUUGUGUAGGAAGCGCUUUUGAGACGCAAUCGUGUGAACCUACCCGAGGAUGUCCAACGGAAGAGGGAUGUGGAGAGCGUUUCAGGUGUUUCUCAGGUCAGUGCAUCAGCAAAUCUUUGGUUUGCAAUGGGGAUUCUGACUGCGAAGAAGAUAGCGCUGAUGAAGACAGAUGCGAGGACUCAGAAAGCAGACCUUCCUGUGACCUUGAUAAACCUCCUCCCAACAUAGAACUUACCGGAAAUGGCUACAAUGCACUCACUGGCCAGUUUAAGAACAGAGUCAUCAACACUAAAAGUUUUGGUGGUCAAUGCAGAAAGGUGUUUAGUGGGGAUAGAAAAGAUUUCUACAGAUUGAGUGGAAAUAUCCUCUCCUAUACAUUCCAGGUGAAAAUAGAUAAUGAUUUUAAUUAUGAAUUUUACAACAGUAGCUGGUCUUAUGUAAAACAUACAUCGACAGAACGUACAUCAUCUAGCAGGAGGAGAUUCUUUUUUAGCUCUUCAUCAUCUUCUUCACACAGUUAUACUUCACAUAAAGAUGAAAUCCAUAACAAAAAGAGUUAUCAAUUAUUGGUUAUUCAGAACACUGUUGAAGUGGCUCAGUUUAUCAAUAACAAUCCGGAAUUUUUACAACUUGCUGAGCCAUUCUGGAAGGAACUCUCCUACCUUCCCUCUCUGUAUGAUUACAGUGCCUACAGAAGAUUAAUCGACCGGUAUGGGACACAUUAUCUGCAGUCUGGGUCCUUAGGAGGAGAAUACAAAGUUCUAUUUUAUGUGGACUCAGAAAAAAUGAAACAAAGCGGUAUUAGUUCAGCAGAUGAGAUGGAAUGUACUUCGUCAGAUGUCAAUCUUAUUUUUAAAUCAUCAAAACACAAAUGCCAGGCACUGAAAGAGGCCUUAAAAUCAGCUGCAGGAACUGAGGGCAAUGUGUUGCGAGGCAAGCCAUUUGUCAGAGGAGGAAGUGCAGGCUUCGUGUCUGGCCUGAGUUACCUGGAGCUGGACAAUCCUGCUGGAAACAAAAACCGAUAUUCUUCCUGGGCAGGUUCGGUGACUGAUCUUCCCCAAGUCAUAAAACAAAAGCUGACACCUUUGUAUGAGCUGGUAAAGGAAGUCCCCUGUGCCUCUGUGAAGAGACUCUACCUGAAACGGGCUCUUGAGGAAUAUUUGGAUGAAUUUGACCCCUGCCAUUGCCAGCCUUGUCAAAAUGGUGGCAUCGCCACUGUUGAGGGGACCCAGUGUCAGUGCCAUUGCAAACCAUACACAUUUGGUGUGGCGUGUGAGCAAGGAGUCCUCGUAGGGGAUCAAGCAGGAGGGGUUGAUGGAGAUUGGAGUUGCUGGUCCUCUUGGGGCCCCUGUGUUCAAGGGAAGAAAACAAGGCGCCGAGAAUGCAAUAACCCGCCUCCCAGUCGGGGUGGGAAAUCCUGUAUUGGAGAAACGUCGGAAAGCAGGCAGUGUGAAGAUGAGGAGCUGAAGCAUUUUAGAUUGCUUGAACCUCAUUGUUUUCCUUUGUCUUUGGUUCCGACAGAAUUCUGUUCGUCACCUCCAGCCUUGAAAGAUGGAUUUGUUCAAGAUGAAGGUGCCAUGUUUCCUGUUGGGAAAAACAUAGUGUAUACUUGCAAUGAAGGAUACUCUCUUGUUGGAGACCCUGUUGCCAGAUGUGGAGAAGAUUUACAGUGGCUUGUUGGGAAAAUGCAUUGUCAGAAAAUUGCCUGUGUUCUACCUGCUCUGACGGAUGGCAUACAGAGUCAUCCCCACAAACCUUUCUACACAGUUGGUGAGAAGGUGACCUUUUCCUGUUCAGGUGGCAUGUCCUUAGAAGGCCCUUCAGCAUUUCUCUGUGGAUCCAGCCUUAAGUGGAGUCCUGAGAUAAAGAAUGUCCGGUGUGUGCAAAAAGGGGCCCCUUCGACACACACAGUGCCUGCAUGUCAGCGCUGGGAGAAACUAAAGAAUUCAAGAUGUGUUUGUAAAAUGCCCUAUGAGUGUGGAUCCUCCUUGGAUGUAUGUGCUCGAGAUGAGAAGACCAAAAGGAUACUGCCUCUGACAGUUUGCAAGAUGCAUGUUCUCCGCUGUCAGGGCAGAAAUUAUACUCUUACAGGUAGAGAGAGCUGUUCUCUGCCUGCCUCCGCGGAGAAAGCUUGCGGUGUGUGUCCACUAUGGGGAAAAUGUGAUGACCAGAGCAGCAAAUGUGUCUGCAGAGAAGCAUCGGAGUGUGAGGAAGAAGGGUUUAGCGUCUGUGUGGAAGUGAAUGGCAAGGAGCAGACGAUGACGGAGUGUGAGGCUGGCACCCUUCGAUGCGGGGGGCAGAGCAUCUCUGUCACCAGCAUAACGCCCUGCGCAGCAGGAACCCAGUAGGCUCCCAGGUGCCCCGUGGCUUGCUCGGAAUCCAGCAGCACGCUGUUGCCGAAUUAAAAUAUCUGCAUAGCUGGGGCACUUCAGACAGCUUUCCCAGCGUGGAGGCAUAGUCUUUCUCCUUCCGCUCCGGUGUCUGCUUCUGUCCUCGGCUCCAGCCACCUGCAUGAACACAACCCCUUGUUCCCCCAAACCUGAAUCCGGAUACUCUUUCUUCUUUUUUUUAAAUGCCCGUCAGGAUGAAGAAUAUUCAUGAAUCUUUGCAUGAGCUAACGGUGUGUUGGAAAAAUUGCUAACUUCUUUGGACCUUGACUUUUUAAUCUGAAAAUUAGAGGAUUAGACCAGAGAAACUCGAAUGCUCCAUUUAGCCCUACCACUCUUUUUAGGUAUAACUGACCUCUCUGUGGGCCAGAAUGCACUCUAAAAAUUGAUUAGGGAAACAGAAACAUCAGAGAGGUUGACCUCCCUCGGUGAAACCAAAUAGGAAGGGGACUAUAAUGGGAAAAGACAGAUGCAAUGAUUCCGUCCCAAGUAGUAAUCUCACGCUUCCCCUUGUUGACUCAAGCCCCACGUGUGUCCGGAGAUUGAACCACUGAAAUGUCAGAGCGGGAUUCAUCACGCUAUGGUCAUGGGGCGCCUCCUGCCUUCUUAUGUGAGCCCAAACACAAUUCAGUCUUCUCUUUGGGGUUUUUCUUUAGUAUGUGUCAAACACAAGACCUGCAGUUUGCUCUUCCCCUCGCCUCCCCUUUCCGCUUGUAGGAAGGAUCAGUUCAUGCCUGGGCGAUUGAGCGAUGGUGCAUGUGAGAGAACAGUUUUCUCUAAUGUGGAUACAUACCCAGGGUUUUCAGGGAGCUAUUAGGUAGAUCAAUUUGAAGCGCUGGCCUUCUAUUUAUUCUUUAUUCAUCUUCCAUUGAAACAAAAAAGCAGCUAUGGGAGGUGAAAUGAGUGGGCUUAAAUGGAAUUUAAAAUAUGCUUUUAUAUACAAAUAAUAUCUCUGUAUUUUUUGAUAUUGAUGCAUUUCAACAAAAUUUUAGUUAAAAUGAUUAAAAAGCUCAUUAAAGGUACUGUUCUUUGGAA